AUGCAGGCAAUGAAGGCAAUACGCUCAGUUACAUUGGUAGUAGUUCUGAGUCUGGUGUUGGCUGAAUGCCGACAUCGUCGGCGUCGUAAUGAGUAUCCCGACCCACCGCCCAAGACGAAGGGCGUGCCGUGGCCGAUGCCAGCUCAGUACUCAACAUCACCGCUGGUGUUUCACGUGGAUGGUCUGAAUUUUGAGUUUGUUGCCACCGGGAAGACGUGCAUCACUUUGGAAGAGGCCUUCCGGCGCUACUACAAGAUUAUAUUCGGUAACGACAACAACAGCGGUACACGGUGGAAUCGGCAUGAUGAUGAUGGUGAUGAUGACGAGGUUGUUGUUAAGAAUAUAUCUGUUAACGUUCACGAGUGUGAAGACGUCUACCCCACGCCAUCUUCAGACGAAUCUUAUGAGUUGAAGCUGAGUUCUACCACGCAGUCUCUGACGUCAUCGUCGGUGUGGGGGGCACUGCGGGGGUUGGAGACGUUCAGUCAGAUCGUGUAUCGCAACGACGUGGGGGCGUACAUAGUGAACGAGACGACCAUCUCCGACUCACCGCGGUUUGGUUACAGGGGAAUCUUCAUCGAUACCUCGUUACACUACAUCCCAGUCUUCAUUCUGCUACAAAAUCUGGACGCCAUGGCAUACAACAAGAUGAACGUUUUCCACUGGCACAUUACCGACGACACGUCCUUCCCCUACGUCAGUAAAACAUUCCCGUCACUCAGUCAGCAGGGAGCAUACAGCCCGUAUAACCAUGUUUACACUCAAGAUGAUAUCAGAACGGUUCUUGAAUACGCCAGGCUACGUGGAAUUAGAGUAAUGAUGGAAUUCGACAUGCCAGGUCACAGUCUUGCGUGGAGAGCUAUCCCCGACUUGCUGGCCAGGUGCUAUGACGGCUCCACGCCCACGGGGCAGCUCGGGCCGAUGGACCCGACCCUGGAGACGACCUACACGUUUCUGAGAGAGUUCUUCAAAGAGUGGACUGAGACCUUCCCCGACAGUUACCUCCACCUGGGCGGAGACGAGGUCGACAUGCGAUGCUGGGAAAACAACCCUCGCAUCAGAGAGUUCAUGGAGAAGAUGGGUUACCAUGACGACUACACCCGACUUCAGCAGUACUUCUUUAACACAGUACUGGAAGAGUUAUCUAUCCUUUUUCCGUCAAGAAAGACGUUGGUCUGGCAGGACACGAUUGACGUGAAUGUCAAGGUACCCAACACCACGAUCGUGGAGAUUUGGAAAGACAUGGACCCUGGCUACAGGGAGGAGCUGGCCAAGACGACGAGUCUCGGCUACACGACGUUGUUGUCGGCGUGCUGGUACCUCAAUUACAUCACCGUCAACAUCUCCACCACCAUCCACUGGCCAGACUACUACCUCUGUGAUCCGCACGACUUUGACGGUACUGAAGCCCAGAAGAAGCUGGUCAUAGGCGGAGAGGCCUGCAUGUGGACCGAAUUCGUGGACGGAACAAACGUUAUCCCUAGAUUGUGGCCACGAGCUGCCGCAGCAGCGGAACGUUUAUGGAGUCCCCAAUCUAUCCGAGACAUCGAGGAAGCGGCGCCACGAAUUGAAGAACAUCGCUGUAGAAUGCUCAGACGUGGGAUACAAGCCGAGCCAAUCAAUGGACCGGGAUUCUGCGAGGAGGAAGUCACAAAUCACUGACGAAACUGCCUUUGUGUACAGUCUAUUUAUUGUAAAUAUAUGGCGUAUGACCCACAAUAAAAACACAUACUCAAA